ACCACUCACAAGACCCAACAACGCAAACUCUCAAGGUUUCUAAUUUCUCCCUCCCAACCUCAAAGCACUUCCUGGUUCUUACUUCUCUAUGCCAAAGCCCAAAGGGUAUCAAAAGGUGCAAGCUUUUUGAGACCCCAAGUUGUAGAGAGCCACUUUUUAGUUUGCAGUGGAACUGGCAGUGUUUCUUUGUUUAUAACGGUUUCUCUAAGCAAUCAUCAAUGGCUGUUCUGCUGCUUCUUUUUUUCCUGCUUGCAUGUUCUGUCUAUGGAGAUUCCUUUAUUGGUGUAAACAUUGGUACAGACAUAACUAACAUGCCAAGUGCAACAGAAACUGUGGCCCUUCUUAAGGCUCAAAGUAUCCAACAUGUCAGACUCUAUGAUGCUGACAGGGCCAUGCUUCUUGCACUUGCCAACACCGGAAUCCGUGUAACCGUUUCUGUUCCCAACAACUUGCUACUCGGCAUUGGCCAAUCGAAUGCCACGGCCGCCAACUGGGUUGCACACAAUGUGGUAGCUCAUGUCCCUGCAACCAACAUAACUGCCAUAGCAGUUGGAUCUGAAGUCCUAACAGCCCUCCCAAAUGUUGCACCUGUCCUAGUCAAUGCACUAAAAUUCAUUCAAUCUGCACUUGUUGCUGCCAAUCUCGAUCAGCAAAUUAAAGUCUCUACUCCUCAUUCUUCUUCUAUCAUCCUUAACUCUUUCCCUCCAUCCCAAGCAUUCUUUAAUAAAACAUGGGAUCCUGUCAUGGUUCCAUUGCUUAAGUUUUUGCAAUCAACAGGUUCAUAUCUUAUGCUCAAUGUUUACCCUUACUACAAUUACAUGCAAUCUGAAGGUAAAAUCCAACUGGAAUAUGCUCUGUUCCGGCCCCUGCCGCCAAAUAAGGAAGCUGUUGAUGCCAACACUAUGCUCCACUAUACUAAUGUUUUCGAUGCAGUGAUCGAUGCUGCUUAUUUUGCAAUGUCAUACUUGAACUUCACAAAUAUCCCUGUUGUAGUGACAGAGUCAGGAUGGCCCUCCAAAGGCGAUUCAUCUGAGUCGGAUGCAACAAUUGACAAUGCUAACACUUACAACAGUAACUUGAUCAGACAUGUCCUUAAUAAUUCAGGGACUCCAAAGCAUCCUAGAAUUCCAGUUAGUACAUAUAUUUAUGAGCUUUAUAACGAAGACUUAAGACCAGGUCCUGUUUCCGAAAAGAACUGGGGACUUUUCUAUGCUAAUGGAGCACCAGUAUAUACUUUGCAUUUGACCGGUGCUGGUACUGUAUUUGCAAAUGAUACAACAAAUCAAACCUUUUGUGUUGCUAAGAGUAAUGCUGAUUCUAAGUUGCUACAGGCAGCACUUGAUUGGGCUUGUGGACCAGGGAAGGUGGAUUGUUCACCCUUGCGGCAGGGUCAAGAGUGUUAUGAACCGAAUAAUGUAGUUGCGCACGCGACUUAUGCUUUCAAUGCAUAUUAUCAGCAGAUGGCUAAAUCUCCUGGAACUUGUGAUUUUAAAGGAGUUGCUUUUGUCACCACCACAAAUCCAAGUUAUGGUUCCUGCGUAUUUCCAGGAAGUGGUGGUAAAAAUGGCACCAGCAUAAAUGGCACAUCACUGGCCCCAUCUAACACUUCCACUGCUUCAGGCAGCUUAUCACAACACUACUAUAAUGGAGGAUCUUUGAUAAGUUCUGUGAUUCUUGGUGCUUUACUUCUGAGUGCUGUUUUAUAA